AUGGCGACGAAUUUUAACGACAUCAUCAAGCAGGGCUAUGUGAGGAUGAAGAGCAAGAAGCUGGGGAUCUACCGGCGGUGCUGGCUGGUCUUCCGCAAAUCCUCCAGCAAAGGGCCCCAGCGCCUGGAGAAAUACCCGGAUGAGAAGUCGGCGUGCCUGCGGGGGUGCCCCAAGGUCACCGAGAUCACCAAUGUCAAGUGCAUCACGCGGCUGCCCAAGGAGACCAAGAGACAGGCGGUGGCCAUCAUUUUUACCGACGACUCCGCCCGGACCUUCACCUGUGACUCAGAGCUGGAGGCGGAGGAGUGGUACAAGACGCUGUCGGUGGAGUGCCUGGGCGCCCGCCUGAACGACAUCAGCCUGGGGGAGCCCGACCUGCUGGCGCCCGGCGUGCAGUGCGAGCAGACGGACCGGUUCAACGUGUUCCUCCUCCCCUGCCCCAACCUGGACGUUUAUGGCGAGUGCAAGCUGCAGAUCACCCACGAAAACAUCUACCUCUGGGACACGCACAACCCUCGGCUGAAGCUGGUCUCCUGGCCCCUCUGCUCCCUGCGCCGCUACGGCCGCGACGCCACCCGCUUCACCUUCGAGGCUGGACGGAUGUGUGAUGCAGGAGAAGGUCUCUACACCUUCCAGACACAGGAGGGUGAGCAGAUCUACCAGCGCGUGCACAGUGCCACAUUGGCCAUCGCCGAGCAGCACAAGAGGGUCCUGCUGGAGAUGGAGAAGAACGUCAGGCUGCUGAACAAGGGCACUGAGCACUUCUCCUACCCCUGCACCCCCACGACCAUGCUGCCCCGCAGCGCCUACUGGCACCACAUCACCGGCUCCCAGAAUAUGGCCGAGUCCUCCAGCUAUGCUGGGGAGGUGUAUGCAGGCGCCCAGGCCAGCUCGGACACUGACCUCCUCAACAGGUUCAUCUUGCUGAAGCCAAAGUCCUCCAAAAGUGACAAGCCUGAAAGCAGGGAGCCCACAUCAUCCCCAUGA